AUGGCGUUGCUAAUGGCGGACAUUAACGGGGCGUAUGCGCAAUCUGCGUUGUCAUGCAGGACACGCGUCGCCACUGGAGUUGGCUUUAAGUGCACUUUGCCCUCAAUCCGGCCAUACCCAUUGUACCCUGUCAAAGGGUUGAGACCAUCAUCACUGCGCAAAUCAUCCUCCGCCAGCAGCAGCAGCAUCAACAACGCCUGUCCCCCGCCGCCGCCCACGCCGCACCAAGUGAACCCCGCCAGCAGCAGCAGCAGCACUCCGCCCCACUCCCAGCAUCCGUAUCCGCAUACGCAUCCGCAUUCACAUCCGCAUCCUUAUCCGCACCAUCCGCAGUACAAGGAGCACCAGCACAGGCGCAGCAGCACCUCCAGUCACACCAGCCACGCGGAAAACUCGAGCGGUUUGGCCACCAAGCCGGCCAUCAAUUUGCUCGGCAAUCACCUCCAGGCCAACUACUUUGAGUUCCCGCCCACCGUUCCCGGCCAGGCGUUGUUGCACCACAGCGGUCGCACCGCAGUAUCCACGCCCUCGCUGAACUUGCAGCACCACACCGGCUCCACGUCCACGUCCGCAUCCAAAUCCACCGUCGGUGGUCAGUACAGUUCGGCAGUUGCAAAGGCGGCUGCCUCCACAGCCUGCGCGCUACUUGCCACGUGCCACGUGUCCAGAGAUUCCGAUCCCGAUUCCCCCCGACACCAGCAGCACCAGAUUCACCAGCACCAGCAUCAAAGCCCGGAAGACCAGCAGCCAACCGCAAGCGAAAUGGGUCGACGCGAGAUAAAGCGCUCCAAUACCAGUGGCUCCACCACCAGAUCCUACGACAGCGGCAGCGCAACCACAAACUUUGUGGGCAAAUUCACGCAGAGUGUGCGGCGAAUCGUGCAGGAUGUGAAGGACGAGGGGGCGCCCAGUGGAAUGACGCGGGACGAGGUGAUCGAGACCAACGAGCGCCUGCGAUCCCUGCGACUGCGUCUCGAGGAGUCCUACGAAACUGCCAAGAAGGCCCUGAUCAACCUCAUGAACAAGUACGGCGACUCGAAGAGCCAGCGCAACAUCUUCCAGCGCUAUCCCAUGCUCAAGCUGAUGAUAAAGGAAGUCAUCCGCCUGGAGACCCAGUACUGGACCCUGGUGGACAUACCGCGGCAGGAGAAGCAGGAAACGGUGCCCUCCUACGUUAUGCGCGCCUGCUCGAUCAUGGAGAAGACCCAGAAGUCCGGCGAGGGGGUGAAGACUUCCGCCCGCCUGGCAGAGGAGGCGGCCGAGCGGCGGGAGCGGAUGGAGAGACUGGAACAUAUGACUACUGCCCAAAUCGAGCAUGAGAACACGCAGCUUAUAAACGACUUGUACCGCUUGCUAAAAAAGUAUCUGGGCUUGCGGCACCUCAUCCGAGUGCUGAAGGAAGAGUACGGCAGCUCGAAGAUGUAUCCGAUAUUUCCUCGCUACACAAUGCUGAAGGACAUGAUAAAGGGCAUCAUGCACGAUCCGGACUACAUGGAGGUGUGCCACGAAACGCUGGCCAACGCCAACUGAGCCGAGGGCACCGGAAAUGGCAGGCGUCGCAUGAGUGUCAUUUAAGAGGGCCCAAAAACUAAUAGCAAUACCAAUACAAACAGCGGCGUACACGAAGGCAGGUCCUGGGACCUAGGACUAAGGACCUGGGACCUCGACAUGUGUAUGCAUGUAUGCUGAAUUCGCAUGCGAAUUUCCGAGUGGUUCCGGAGUGAUUUAGAAAUUUCCGAACAGCUUCUUCGCAGCUCCUCCGCGGCAAGUGGAUGGCAGUGUCUUUCACAAAUCUCUUUCGGCCCUUCUUCUAGCCAACACUCAACGGCAAGCCAAGACAAACUAAUCAACUAACUAACUAACUACACCCAGAACCCAACAACUUACCACCACCCACCUACCACCACCAACUGAACAAGGAACUAUUUACACUACAUUAUCAGAUACAAACACUUGAAUACUCUCCGGCACUAAAAUGCCAGAAAACAAACUAAAAGGCAUUUAUUUUAAUGAACUUUUGAGAUGAAUACAAUAUAAAACCUACAAAAUACAAAAUACAAGACACAAGAUAUUUACCUAUAAAAGUAAAAUAGUGAACGAAGCGCUCAAGAACGAUGAACAAAUAUCAAAUGAAAAUCAAACUUUGUGUAAUUUGUAUGUACUACUUACAAUAUAAACCAAGAAAUAUAUAUACAUAUAAAGUGAAAUAACCACACUAAUCUACAGCAGUUGAUAGGGAGCAUUGAAUGUAAAUGGCUAAUGACAAAAUGAUAACUCCCUGUUUUGGCUUGACUUUGCCACCAAUUUUUUAUUAAUUUCCGAAGUAAAGAACUGGUCGAUUAGCCACUAGCGGAAUAUUAUACUAAUUACCAAAGUGUAUCAGAUUAUAUUAAAUAGACCCACGCCUAGAUGUAUUACUUACCUAGUUAGACAAUAUUCGGGAAAUAUUCCCAAUCGAUGUGAGCAAAUACGAGAACUCUCAACACCUUUUAAGCAAACACCAAAUGCCAUAUCCUACAACCUAUUGUUGAUUUCCAGUUCGGCCAGUAUUACCAUUACUAUUCGUAAGAAGUAAAUGCUUUAUGUGUGUAUCGAAACGUUCAGCUUUAAGUCCUCUGCAACGCGCAAACAAACCGAAAUGCAAAUGUGUAUUUCAUAAAUUCAGUUGAGAUGUGUGUAUUCAUGGAUUUGUUGUUGUGCAUACCUUGUAGCUUUGUAAUCCCCCGACUCAAGGACAUAAUGCAAACACUCGAAUACAAAAGACCAAAGGAAAACCUAGACGAGCUUACAACUUUUUACGAGAGCUAGAAACCCACAAUUUUCAUUUAUGUUCUUUUUCGAUGGGAAAUCUAUUUUAUUUACUGCUCCAAAAGGUGGCAAUUUGAAAGGGAGAAGCCCUUCUUUUCCACUGUAACUCUACUGACACACCCACCGAUACACAGUGCAUACAUAUCUGAAUAUAGGCAAAUCAGAAACAGAUUCGAAAAGCCGCAGCUAUCAAUGAAAGUGCAAUUGAGUGCAUAAAUUAGUCGAACAAUUGUUUGCCUGUCCAUUAUAUGCUUCACAGCCUCCGAUUGCCGGUUAAUUUACCCCUAACCCCAGUCAUUACGAACGCUUUUAAAUAUAUAUUAUUUAUCUGCCUGCCUUCCCCAGCGUUUAGUAUCGCGAAGGUAUUACAAACAUUUGAUAACGCUAGCCUUUCAACAACCACAAACCAAAAAAAAAGAACUGCAUCAGCAGCAAAACAUUUAUAAUAUAUAAAUAAAAAUAGAUAAUUGUUGGUAAAAUAGCAAAUUAAUUAUGCAAAUCCAUACUCUAGAGUGAAUUAACAAAAUUUCAUUUAGAUGGUUAAGUCUAAGCGAUGAGUUCCGUUGUUUGUGUAGUUAAAUGUUGAGCAUUAAAUUUGAAUUUGAAAAUGUUGUCGUAAUUUGCGUAUGACGAGGGGAUAAAAAAAAUCGAAACACUCGAUAUAUAAUAUGAAAACAGAUAAUAUACAACUAUGCAAUUAUAGCUAAACUAAUUAAAACUAAACUGUAAUGAUCAGGUAUUAAAGUUAUGAAGUUUAAUCAAAAUAAAUUAACAAAGGUGUGCAUGUGCGUGUGUGCGUGAAUGUGGCCAAUACUAGCGCAUUGCAAUAUAGGAUACAGGAUGAAAAAAGUCGGGGCAAUAUUGCUGCAAAACUUGCGGAGGCAAUGGUAUUCGUAUUAUUAUACAACUUAUACACGAUAAACAACAUAUACAGACCCACAUGAGGAAACAUGGGCAGUCCGUACUCCUACAAACCAAAAACUUCGUACAAUUUUACCUUUUCAACAUCUCAGUGUCUAACAAAAAGCAUUAAAUGUAUUUCCGCAAGGAAGUUACCAAUAUAUUGGAUGUAUCAGUAAAAAUAUGUGUCAAGACACCCGAUAAUAUGAGCAAAAUCGAUA